AUGUCUCAAUCCCCCUCCGAAAAGGCCGACGCCAUCACGCCGGUCCCGGCCAGGAGCAGCGGGAGCAUCGACGCCGGAAAGCUCGAGAACGCCGAGGAUGCCUUUGAAGUCUUCAAGAGAGGCGAGGGCACAGUAGACUUCCGAACGGUCGGCUGGGUCCACGCAUCGGUCAUCUUUCUCAAGGUCAUCUUUGCUACCGGUGUCCUUUCGAUCCCUUCAGCCAUGUACGUUCUCGGUGCGCUGCCCGGUGCCAUCAACGUGCUAGGCUGGCAAUUCCUCAACACAUAUUGCGCAAUAAUCCAAGGGAACUUCCGCAAUGCUCAUGCUGGUUGCCAUUCCAUCGCCGACAUGGCUAAUGUCGUGGGUGGUGUUUGGCUAAAAGAAGUUGUGGGCGUUUUGUUCCUCGUUACCUACGCUAUCGUCGGCGCAUCAGGUAUUUUUGGUACAUCCGUCGCGUUCAACGCCCUGUCCAGUCAUGCCAUCUGCACCAACUACUUCAUGUUGGUUGCAACCGUGGCAGUCUUCAUCCUUGCUAGUGCUCGCAAGUUCGAGAAAAUUGCAUGGUUGACAUGGGCCGGCUUCCUGUCGGUAUAUGUUGCCGUGUUUAUUGUCGUAGUGGGUGUUACGCAAGUCGAUCGACCUGCUGCUGCACCCAAGACAGGCGACUUCGACCUUGGAUACCAUGUCAUCGGCAACCCGAACUUCGUCACUGGCAUCACCUCCGUGGCUACCAUCUUCUGCUCAGGAGCUGGCACUUCAGCGUUCCUUCCCGUCAUCUCUGAGAUGAAGCGACCCAGAGACUACAAUAAGGCCGUCUACCUUUGUAUGGGAGUCGUCACGGCUUCUUACUUGACCUUCUCCUUGGUCGUCUACCGCUACUGUGGUCAAUGGGUUGCCUCGCCGUCCCUCGGUAGCGCCGGCGAAACUGUUAAGAAGGUUGCCUAUGGCAUCGGCGUGACCGGUCUCAUGGUCAGCGCAUGCCUCUAUAUCCACGUCGCUGCCAAGUACAUCUUUGUUCGAAUCCUCCGCGACUCCGUUCAUCUCCAGAAGAACUCAGUCGUUCAUUGGUCCAUAUGGCUCGCAUGUACCUUUAGCAUGUCUGUCGUCUCUUUCCUUCUAGCCUCUGGUAUUCCCAUCUUUAACUACCUGCUGGCUCUCGCAGGCAGCUUGACUUUUGCUCCUCUGGCACUGGGCCUGCCAGGAUACCUGUGGGUAUACGAUCACCAGCACUACCGACAAGGGAACCGGUGGCAAGCUAUGGUCUACUGGCUGAAUUGGCUUAUGAUUAUUCUUGCCGUCUUCUUGACCAUCGGUGGCACAUAUGGUGUCAUACAGAACAUUAUAGACGCUUAUGCACAAGGUUUGAUUGGCGGCGCGUUCUCUUGUGCAGACAAUAGUGGUUCGUCCUAG